GUCUCCUACAGGAAGGGGGAGAAAGCGAUGAAUAAAACUCACAAUCCUGCCUUGCUCACUAUUGUCUCCAUCCCUGCCUUCUUCUAGAAAGAAGAAAACUACAAUGCUUAGUUUAUGGUGGAACAGCAAAUACUUGCUAAACGUGAAUGAAUGAAUGGAUACUGCUCAGCAGGAUCACUAUGCCUCACUAAUGGGACGGUUCUACUAAGAACUCGACAAGGACGAUUACCCAGGAAGAAAACAACACCACAAUGCUUUUCUUCUACCUUCAAGAUUCGCUCUCAUUAAAACAACAACAAAGAAUUGUUUUGUGAUUUUAUUGUACUUCAAAGUAUCAUUUUAGUGCCUCUAAAACCAUAUGGAAAAAAAUUUUGCAAAAUGAUAUGAUGACUCAUGGGCAAAGAACAACGACCUGAUUGAACGACGACCUGGUUUGAUCAGAUUUAAAGGUGGGAGGUGAAAAGGACCUAACAGUAGUCCAGAAUGAUUGGCCUCCACAUUCCUGUGCUAAUGCAUUGUUUGCUUCAUUAGGCUCAAUCAGCUUUUGCAGAUUGCUGUUCUCUGAGGUGGGAGUGGAAAAGGGGAAGCAUUAGUUGAGUGAGGACAGGGUCCCUCGGAGAGGAGAAAACCAGAAAUUAAGGCAGGAGGCGCUGUGGAGGUUAGAGGGGGCGAGAGAGCGCGAGGACACCAAGGUGGGUCAGUGGGGAGCCACCCAAAAAGGGGACAAGAAAGAAUCAUUGAGAAAGCCCCCCUUUCUGAACAAGGGCCAGUGUCCCUGGAGGUGUAACUGCCAAGCACAGUACUCAAAAUCAGCCUCUCUGCUUCCUUAAGGCCACGUGAGUGUUUUGUCCUUGUACAGGAUUCGAGGAGGACACAGAGGACCUCCGCUCACUGAGGAGGAAGAGGUUAACUUCAUUGUCACAGAAAGCAUUUCAGGACGCCUCGGUGAGAGACACAGGCAGUUUGUUAGGAAGAAUCAGGACGUGCACUCAGAAAAGGUUCAGGCUCUUGAGAAGUGAGCUAACCAUGGUCUUGGGUCGGAGUGUUUACACAGCCUCGGGGUACCCUGGAGCCUGAUAAGCUGGAAUGUUUAUUUCUCUGAGCUGUUUAUCAUUUACCACCAUAGUGUCUGUUUCCUUCCCAUUAGGUUACCCACUAGCAUACUAGAGCAAAAACUAGUUUUAUUAACUACAGGUUAAAAUGCAAACCUUUGGUGUGUGUUUGAUGUUUGGACAUGGUACCCAAUUCAUAGUACCAUGUCAUUGAGGGUGACAGUUUUGGGGCUAGUAGGCGUAUAGUAUCAGGAGGAAAACACAAGCCAAAUUUAUGGACUUCUUUUAUCGCUAAGAUUCAGGGCUUUAGGAAUAAGGAGCCAGAAAGCAAAACAGGCCUGAGGUGAAAAAGGCAUUGCGACUUUAAAAGUACGCUCUCCUGCCGGUUCGGGGUGAAUGUCUGCCCUACCCUGUCUUCAGGGUCUGCCAGCCCCGCUCCCACAGCAAGCUUUACACACACACAACUUACAGCAGCUGUUUUAUUUUUUAAAAGUGAUUCUUACACUUUUAUAAAAGUGAUAAAACAAGGCAGCAAAAUAAAAUUAUAGUUGUUUCAAGGAAAUAUUUGCUAUUCGUUAAGUGGGAUAGGGCCGUCAGCUUGAGUAUCUUAUUCCUUUAUUUUUGACUAUGGGCCCAGUUUUACUUAUGAAACUACAUUUGUGAGGUGAAAAAUCCCUUCAUUCCCUCAUUGCACAGCACUAGACCACUAUUGUGCAUCUUUUGAAUGAAUUUUCUAUUGUGAAGAUUUAAAUUCUUAGGGCACUGCAUUAAUGAAGACAAAAUGAUUGCUACUCAUAUGCUCAGCAAAACUUUGACUCCUUUAAACUAUCUCUAUUUAAGAAUUCUAAUUGGUGCUAACCAGUACAGAGAACAGAUUGCAACUGUUAAGCAGUAGAAGAGAAAAUAACUUACCCAAAUUACUAAGUUUCAUAUCAAAAAUGACUAAACUUAGCUUAAAGUUCCAGAACAGCUGAGAUAUCAACCAGGAAGUUAUGAUUUAUACUCAAGUGUUGAUACAUCCUUAAAAGCUAUUAUAGUUAUACUAAAAUAGGACUUAGUCAAGGCUAACUUCCCCUGUAAUCGAAGAAUACAAGCAUAGCAAUAAUAUUAUACUUUUUGUAUGAUCCAAUAACUUCCUUUAAUAUAUUCUUAUAUGACAAAUACCUCUAAUAAUUUUACAAUUCAGUUAAAGUAAACCUGUAUUUCUUCUAUACUACUGUCAGUCAUUUUAAAAACAUCAGUUAAUUUUGAAAAUAAACAAUUUAAGGAUCUCAUAAAUAACAACCAUAUUUUGCAGAUUUUGCAGUAAACUGAACACACAUUCAGCCAUGCACCGGGUUUUUGAAAGUAUUCAGUACCUAAAUGAUAAACACCGAUGCUGACCUUGCAGAUUUCCUAGUUCCCUCUUCUGGGAUGAGCUUGAAAGGCGCUCUGGUUGUCUGACCAGUCGCAUUUGUGACCAUGAUGCUUAAGCAUUGCUUUCCUGGCUUCCUCCUCAGCCUCCUCCUGACUGGCGGAGCAGGAACUCAGCCAGCUUGCCACUCUCUGAAGCCUCAGAGGGUGAGAUUUCACUCGCGAAACUUUCAUAAUGUUUUGCUCUGGCAGCCUGGGUGCACACUGAGCAGCAACAGGAGCAUCUAUUUUGUGCAGUACAAAAUGUAUGGCGAGAGAGACUGGAAAAACAAGGCGGAAUGUUGGGGUACUCAGGAAUUCUUUUGUGACCUUACAAACGAAACCUCAAACCUGCAGGAGCCUUACUACGGGAGGGUGAGGAUGGCCUCAGCGGGGAGCUACUCGGGCUGGAGCAUGACACCCCGCUUCAUUCCCUGGUGGGAAACAACAAUAGAGCCUCCAGUGAUAAAUAUAACCAGAGUUAAUGGAUCACUGUCGGUAGUUCUCCAUUCUCUAAAUUCGCCAUAUAGAGACCAAAAAGGAAAAACAGUAUCAAUGGAAAAUUACUAUGAACUAGAAUACCGAGUUUUUAUAUUUAAAAAUUCAGCAAAAAUGGAGCAACAAGUCUACGAAGGGCCUCGCAGAGUCGUUGAGAUCGAAGCGCUCAUCCCUCCCUCUGGUGCCUGCAUUGUGGCUGAAAUUUACAUACCCAGGUUGGACAGAGGGAGCCCCAGAAGCCCAAAGCGCUGCGUGGGAGGUGCAUAAAUUGGAACAAAGUGCUCUGAAGGAUGAAAAAAUCAAAGUCCUCCAGGAAGGAAACAGCUUGUGUUGGAGGCUCUUAUUGAAAGUCAUUUUUCUAUUUUCUUAAAGCAGUGUUCACCAUUACAUUUCAGGGGCUUCCUCAUUUAUCCAUUCCUUCUUUCUUGUUUAAUGACGUGCCUGCUGGUCUUUUUUAUUGGUAUGAGUUGUAGGACAUGAGGUUAGUAUUCCUUUUGUGGAGUCCGUACAUGCACAUAACGCGUCUUAAUUCCUGUUUCCAUCCCCUUCGCAGUCCCCUCCCUCCAUCUCUUGAUCCUUUUCUAUUUGAGAAAGAUCUGUCUCACUGCUUUCAAUUCCCAAUCCUUUAUUUUGCUCUCUAUUUAUACUCUGGGUUCCUCAUAUAAGAGAAAACAUGGAAUAGUCAAGCUUAUGUGUCUGAUUUAUUUCGCUUAAAACUAUGGCCUCAAGGUGCAUCCAGUUUCCUACAAUGACUGGAGUUUACCAUUCUUUAUGGCAGAGCAUACACUGUGUGUAAAUACCCACAUUUUCUUUGCCCACUCCUGUGCUAAUGCCAUAUAGCCUGCUUCCAGCAGAAUCAUGCUGCUACACACCAAGGUGCACAUGUGUCCCUGAACUGUGAUGCCAUGCUUCAUGUUCACAUGUAAACUAAAUUGGAGCAAUGUCCCUCAAAACUUAGGAUUUCAAGAAGAGUCACAGAAUAGAGGCCUCUAGGAGAUGAAGAACUUUAUUUCUGCAUGCAUUGUCCUUAACAACAAUAUUCAUUUUUGUAGGAUGCAAAAAUAAAAAUUAAAACCAAAAAGGAAGAGGCAUUUAACAAAAUGCUUUUUUAAAAACAUUAUUAUAGGGCUGGGGGUUUAGCUUAAUGCACAAGCACCUGCCUGGCAAGCACAAGGUCGUGAGUUUGAACCCUGGUACCAAAAAAAUUUAUACACACAUAUAUGUAUUAUUACAGUGAUAGCUGCAUACCCAUGUUUACAGCAGGAGAUGAAACAAAGCAUUACCAUGUGUUAUAUAUAUGUUUCAACACCCCACAAAGAAUGUAAUUAUUAUGUAGUACAAAUAUAUACUAAUAAAAAUUAAAACCAAAAAAGAUAAAUAGAUUGAAAAAAUAUUGUUAUAGACUGAGAGAUUUUCACUCUGUCAAGCCAGUUAAUUUGAUAUAGUCAUGCCAAUUGAAAAUUUUUAUGUGAAUGAAUAUUUUUCUGUGCAUUUCUAAUUUACAUGAACAUGUUUUUAUAUAUUCUUUCUUGUUAUAAAAUAUUUUUUCUUAAAUUUUUGUUUUAAAUUCUACCUUAUAUAAACAGAAUAUUAUUUGAAAAGUGAUCUUUCAUUAUCUCUGGGUUAAUAUCUUGAUUAAAAUCAACAGCAACAUGUAAAUACCAAAUGAAAUCUACUCAAUAUAAUUUCCCUUCAUUUAGUACAUACUCACCUAAAGAUUAUCUUUUCUGUUCUUGUUUUUAAUAUCACCUUAAAUGAAUUUAUCUUCAUUGUCAAAGUGAGGUGUGAUAUUUUUCAGCAAUAAAGAGAAAAAGAAACCUUAACUCCAAGUCUAUGAUGUACUAGUAACUCAAACCCCCAGCAAAGGACCUCUUGCUGGUAGCAAUUCACAGUCCUUAUGUAGGGGUCAUAUAAAUGCCAGUUUGAUUGGAGGUAGGUAGGGUCAUGUGGAGAACUUGACUCAAAGCUGAGCUCAGUGGGUGGUAGGUUUGCUGGG